UCUACGCAUGCGCACUGCUUGCGAGAAGGCCAAUCAAGAUGGCGGCGCAACAACAGCAGCAGCAACAGCAACUGACAAUGUUACAGGCCCAGACGGGGCCUGCUGCCGCCUCCGCCGCUUCUUCCUCCGCCUCAACCUCCGCCGGAGCCGGGCAACCGGGGCCGGGGCAGGUUUCUUCGGCGGGAGGGGCCCCAAUGGCGGUCGGCCAGGCUCCAUCCGGGAUACAAGUGGCCGCGCAGGCGCAGGACUUCGAUCCGGUGCAGCGCUUCCGCCUCCUGCUGCCUCAGCUCAAAGAGAGCCUGCAGAACCUGAUGAAAGUCGCCUCUCAGAACUUUGUGCAGAACACGAACAUCGACAGUGGACAGAAAAGCAACGACGGCCCAGUGCAGCGGGUGGACAAGAGCCUGGAGGAAUUCUAUGCCUUGUGCGACCAGCUGGAACUCUGCCUGCGCCUGGCCUACGAGUGCCUCUCCCAGAGCUUUGACAGCGCCAAGCACUCCCCGACGCUGGUGCCGACGGCCACCAAGCCGGACGCGGUCCAGACGGAGAGCCUGCCUUACACCCAGUACCUCGGCAUGAUCAAGUCCCAGAUCUCCUGCGCCAAGGACAUCCACAACGCCCUCCUGGAGUGCUCCAACAAGAUCACCGGCAAAGUGCCCUCCCAGGGGGUCCUGUAGCCCCCCAAAACCGGCCCACGGCUACAGACUUUGGAUUUCUAGGCUUAUGGGUUUCUAGUCUGACUCCUUGGUUCCUCUUCUCUCUCCUUCUUUGGGACUCACUGAGCUUCUUUCCUAAUUUAUGUGUUGUUGUUUUUUAAUACACGGUGCUAGCCAUGCUGA